CGCAAUGUUUCUGUUUAGAAGACACAAGUGAAUGUAGCUGACAUGGCUGUAUAGUGGUGUGGGUGUGAAGGACGACUUUAAUGUUUGAGGAUUAAAUUCUGCACAGAUAAAGCAGAGUACGCCAUAGAGACAGGAUCACCUUGCUCUGGGUGUCUGAAGAAGAGGGACCAAAAUGCAAAGCAUCAAGUGUGUGGUGGUUGGAGAUGGAGCUGUCGGAAAGACCUGCCUUCUAAUCUCCUACACCACCAACGCCUUUCCCAAGGAGUAUGUCCCUACAGUGUUUGACAAUUACAGCGCAGAGAUCACAGUGCAGUCCAAACCCAUCAGUCUUAAUCUAUGGGAUACGGCCGGACAGGAAGCGUACGACCGUCUGCGCACCAUAUCUUAUCCCCAGACCAACGUCUUUAUCAUCUGCUUCUCCAUCUCCAGCAUGACCUCUUUUGAGAAUAUCAAGCUGAAGUGGUAUCCCGAGGUAUCAAAACACUGCCCCAAUGUACCCAUCCUUCUAGUAGGAACCAAAAAAGACCACAGACACGAUCCGGAAAUAUUGCAAAAACUAAAGGAACAGAAACUGACUCCUGUCACUGAGCAGCAGGGAAAGGUUUUGGCUCGAGAAAUCAGGGCUGUCAAGUACCUCGAGUGCUCAGCUCUCAACCAAGAAGGGGUGAAGGAAGUAUUCGAAGAGGCUGUGAAUGCCUACCUGAACCCAAAGCCUGAGCGUAAAAAGAUCUGUGUAUUUUUAUAAAAUCAUUUUACUGAAGAUGUUUUUUUUUUCAAACAUUAUUGUAUAAAAAACCCCUAAGGACUCAGUUAUGAGCCUCUCUGAAGCAUGGACCCCAAUAAUUCUGGAUCUGACAGUUCCUCAACCUCAGCUGCGUCUCUCCAGUUCAUACGAGAUAUGUGCAUGGGACUUUUUUUUUUUUUUAAUCUUGCUCAUGCAGUCAUUAUUUUUGUUUAUUCCUACCUGCAACAUUUUCUAACAAAUUUUGUUGGUUUUAUUCCCCAAAACUAGUAGCCUAAUGCAAACCACCACAACCCUGAACAGGCAGUUACUAAGGAUGCUGCAAAUGCAAAUGUUUUUGUCCCACAAGCUUUGAUAUCUGACCAAAUCACCCAUAUCUCCCACUUGUGCAACAAUUUUUGUUGAGUACUGUGGAAUUCCAGUCUUGAUGCACUCCUCUAUUCUCAGACGCCCUGUGAUUUCUGGCAAGCUUUCUAAAAAAAUAUUACGACUGUC